AUGGGGUCGCUGGUGCAGAUGAUUGGGAUGGAGGGCAAGCUGGGACAGGUGGUCGGCUCCGCGCAGCUGCCUACGUCCUCGGAGCUGAAGCACGGCUGCGUGGACUCGCCGGGGGUGUACGGCAGGGGGUGGGCCCGGGCCUUUGCUGACGCUAAGGCGCAGCUCGACAGGGACCUUGCGCCGUUUGCAGCUGACGUGCACUCGGAGGUGCAGCGCAUCGAGGCGCGCCGCGACCAGCUGGGCGACGGCCCCGCGGGCGCGCCUGUCUCCGCGCCGCACCUCUCCAGCGACGGCGGCUUGAUCGCGGCCAGCGGGGCCGCCGGCGGCAGCGGGCAGGGCGCGCUGGGGCUGGUGGCGCGGGAGGCAGACUGCGCCGCGAUGCUUCUGUCUGUUGUGACGGCGUGCCUGAGCGCCGACGCGGCGGAGUUCCAGCGCAGCGUGGCCGGCAUCGUCAACCGCCUCGACGAGCAGCGGCGCAGCUGCCCAGCAGGGCCGCUCAAGGCGCUGUUCAGCCGGGUGCUGUUCAUGAUGGCGCGCUGCAACCGCCUUCUGGUCACGGAGCCGCAGCCGGACGACGGCGGCGGCGGCCGCGGCGGCGGCGCGCGCGCUGAUGCGCUCGCGGCGGCGAGGCGGGGGAGCAAGCCCGGCGCGCGCGUGCGGCGCAACAGCGCGCUCGCGUCUCCAUCGCCAAAGGUCAGCCGCGAGCGCGAGGUGGCAGAUGCUGCUGCCGACGCCUCUCAAAUCCUCGACCUGCGGAGCCACACCAUGCCGCCGCACCUGGCCGCGGCGGUAUCCUCCGCACUCCGCCGCGACUCCGCCCCGAACUGGGCCCCCGGGCCGCCCCCGCGGCGCUCGCCGCCGCAGGCCGGCGCGGCGCGCGGCGCGAGGGCGUGGGGGCACGAGCAGCGGGGGGCGGGGGCCGCGGCGGCCGCUGCAGAGGAGGGGUCGGCGGCGCCGAGUUUGGCCCUCCAUCCCGGUCUGAAGGCGGCGUCGGUCUCCUGGCCUCCGCAGCAGCAGCAGCAGCAGCAGCAGCAGCAGCGUCCGCCACUCCGGCGGAGCCUGGACGCCCUCGUGGGGCCGACUUGGCGGCGGCGAGACUCGCCGCUUCGGGGGGCAGGCACCGCAGCGCCGCCGACGCCCGCCCGCCUGUCCUGCGGCGAGGAAAGGCAGCAGCGCGGCAGCGGCGCGGGGGACGCGGCGGGGAUGCAGCGGGCGGCGGCGGAGGGGCCGCGGCGCCCUGAGCAGCAGCGGGGGCGGCGCGAGCGCGAGCUUGGUUCUGAGCAGCGGCAGGCAGCAGCAGGCGCGCCGCCUGCAGGCCCGUGGCCGCAGCCGGAGCCGGGACCGCGUGGGGCGACGCGGGGCAGGCAGCAGCCAGAGGAGCAGCCCGCGGGGCGGGCGCAGGAGGAGCGCUCAGAGCAGGCUCGGCCGCGCGGCCUGGCCAAGCUGCUGCGCGGCCGCGGGCGCAGCGGGGAGGCGAAGGGGCGGCUGGCGCCCGGGCAGCUGGGCAGCCGCGACGGGCUGGCCGCUGGUGUGGGUGAGCAGCAGCAGGGGCCCGAGCGGCCGCGUCCGCCCGCGACGGCGGGGCAGGCACAGCAAGAGCAGCUUGUGCGGCAUCCAAGCAUCCAGCUGCCCCGCCAGCCGCCCCAGGAGCAGCAGCAGCAGCAGCAGCAGCAGCAGCAGGGGCAGCAGGAAGCUGCUCCGAGAGGCAGCCCCGUCCCUGGCUCUCCCUCUUUUCUGCAGCGGGUGAAGCGAGCGUUCCAGGCCUGGGGGGGCCAGCCCUCCGUGCCGCGGCUGCCGCUCGCGCGCUCAGCGGACGCCGCCCGCAGCGACGCAGCGGCGCCUGCGGCAGGGGAUCGCGUCAAGUUGAUCGGUUGGCUGCGCCGCCACGGGGAUGGCAAGCAGGCUCCUAAAAGCCUCCAAGCCACGCACUCGGCGCCGCCCCACGCGCCGCCCGCCGCGGGCGGCGCCGCUCAGCUGCAGGCGCGCCCCGAGCACCCGCACCCGAGGGACAGGCAGCAGCAGGCUGCAUGGCCGCGGCACGCGCGCGGCGGGGCGCCGCAGGCGCCCUACGGGCCGCCAGAGGGGGAGCCUGAUGCUCCCAGCAAGCAGGCGACCCCGCCACCGUCCCCAGGGGAGCGCGCGACUACCAGCCCAGCAGCGUCGCUUGAGGCGGAGGCUGCGGGGCCGCUGCUUUGCAGGGGCCCGCCGGCAUGGCCGCAUGGCCACCACCGCGGCGCCGGCGCCGCCCGUGGCGCGCGGCGCUUCUCGGCGCCGAUUGUGCUGCAGUCGACGGGGUCCAUGCUCAUCAACAGCGGCUGCGUCAGCCCCUGCGGGGCGCCCUGGCGCGACGCACACGGCCCGCUCAGCCCUGGGGGCGCGGGGGCGGCGGCGGUGGCCGCGCGGCAGUGGGCUGCGGCGGCGCGGCUGGGGCUCGUGGCGGGGCAGGGCGGGGGGCUGUAUUCGCCGGCGGCGGCCGCGGGGCUGGUGGGCGGUGCCGACAUGCAGGGCAUGCUCUCUGCGGCCCCCUGGUUUGCGCCGGCAGCAGCGGCGCCCCAGGACCACCUGCCGCGCGGCGCCCGCCAUGGCGCCGGCCGGCCCGCAUUGCUUCCGGCGUGGCUCGCGCGCUCGCCCCCGGAGCACUCUGCGCCGAGCGGCGCCGGCGCCGGCGCCGGCGCCGGCGGGCGCUGGGGCCUCUGGGGCGGCGCGGCGCGGCGGCGCGCGCGGCUGGUCGACCGCUUCCACCUCGCGCGGCGCUGCGCGUCGGACACAGCGCGGCGGGACUACACGCUGAGGGCGGCGGCGCGGCAGGCGGCCGCGGCGGCCGCAGCCGCAGUG